GGUUUCAUCUCACAUGACUGUGCGUGUGCACACUGCACGCACGCGGUUUUUGAGUUCUGUGGUAUCAAAACAAGCGGUUAUGAGUAGCAGCGGGCAGUCCGCUCGGGUGGUCAAGACGCGUCGGUCUUGCACUCUUGUUAUCGCUGGCGCCGGGUGCCACAACAUCGCGGUAGCAUUGUUAAGUAUCGCGAAACAAAAUGUUUAAAUUGUCGCCGGCUUUUUUGAAACAGCUAUGGCUUACAUUCGGCGCAUCUCUGGCCUUCCUUAUCAUCGGGCUGGUGAGAGGGUACUCCGCCUCGGCGAUACCCUCGAUAGAAGCCUUGGACUCUGAAAUCAUACAGAGCAGUGAACAGAAAUCAUGGAUUGGGGCUAUCCCACCUCUGGGUGCGUUCGUGGGCAGUACAUUCUCUGGAGCGCUGAUGCAGCGGGCAGGCCGGCGCCGCAGUCUGCAGCUAGCAGCGCCGCUCUGGGCAGCCGGCUGGCUUAUCCUUGGGUUCGCCAAGUACUUUCCCCUGAUACUCGUGGGGCGCCUUAUAACUGGCCUGUGCGUCGGAUUCGCCUUGGCCCCGGCACAAGUAUACGUGAGUGAAUGCUGCGAUCCUGAAAUCCGGGGCAGGUUGGGAUCGUUGCCCACUCUCUCCAUGUCCUUUGGGAUCUUGCUCUCCUAUGUCGCUGGCAACUGGCUCUACUGGCGGUACCUCGCCUUCUUCUCGGCUAUCUUUUGUGGUAGGUAUCUUUGUUUCAAAUGACAACGAUUGAACUGU